GCUGUCCCGUUCCUCCACUUCAAACGAUGAACCUCGCGGACCACGCACGGCGCUUCUAUCACUCUUGCGGAUGCCUGCCCCCAACAUCAUCCGAUCUCCCCUUUCCCCUCGCAUUCGGACUCGAUCUCCCGACCCUGUGGUUGCGCCAUCAGUUCAGAAGAGCCAGGCCGAAUUACCUGGCUGGAAUGCCACUGAUGGUAUUCUCAGACGCCUGAAGGAAGUUGACUCCGUUGCUUCUCGGAUUGCACAUGUAAAUUCAUUUGCAAGGUCAGCAAUGGCAUGCGCGUACAAGAUGAUUCACGAUAAGCCACCCACGGAUGAUGCUUUUUCCCCUCUACUUGCAAAGAUUGUGGAAGUCUAUGCUUUAAUGACGGAAAGGCAGGAGUCGGCUAGGGUUCCAUCCAUAGUAGUGGUAUACGGACAGAUGGCACGGCAGACGCUAGAGUGCGCAGACUUCAUUGUCCAUUACUCAGAGACCAUGAAUUUUUGGAAACGAGUUGGCAAGUAUGUUUCCGAAGAGACAUUUACCACGAUUCAGAACUACAAUGAGGUUCUCAACAAUCUGAUGCAGCAACUUCAAUAUCGAACGACUCGUGAGAUUAUUAUCUACCGUAUGGCUGACGAUCUGGACCCCAACGACAUGGUGUAUGCAACUGGUGCCGGACUGGAUAUUUCCAAGUGUUGUCUCCCAGGUACUCGGGAAGGAAUCCUAUCCAAGAUCAAGUCCUGAGUUUGUAGCACGG